AUGCCUUCGACGAGCUACGAGAGUCCCUACGUCCACCAUGUCAUCACACUCCCGCCAGCACUCCCCAGCUACCCACCUGCUACGAUCUCAACUCUUAUGCAUCCCUCUAUGAUUCCCUUAUUGCCAAGUCCUCUACCAACCGCCGCCCCACCCGUGGACAACCCGCCAUUCAAGGUGAUCAAGACCCCAGAUCGCGGGUUUGGCAUGUUCGCUGCUCGUCGUAUUGAAGAGGGAUCUUUGAUCAUCGUAGAACACCCUGUAUUCGUCGUACCGGCGAUGCCUCUUCCCCAAAAUGCCGGCAUCGAGCUCUACGAAGGAGUAGCACAAAGGAUGCCCCGUCCGGAAUACGAGGAGAUGACGACCCUCGCCAAUUGCAGAAGCAACGAGGAAUGCCCUACCAUCGUCGAGGGUGUUGCCCGAACCAACGCGCUCAACCUCCAGUUCCGGUUCCCAGAAUUCGCCGACAGCACGUUCGAAGGAGGGCGACACUAUGGAGGCGCGUUCCUCAAGAUCAACAGGUGCAACCACAGUUGUGGGCCCAACGCCGCCUACAGAUGGGAUGUCUCCAAGCUCGCAGCAACGCUCUACGCUCUUCGCGACAUUUCGGAAGGAGAGGAGAUUACCAUCACCUAUGCCGACCCCCUCCAAUCUCGCGCUGCACGUCUCAAGAAACUAGAACCUGAUUAUAGAUUCACAUGCGACUGCCAUUGGUGCACUUUCAAAGAUCCUCUAGAUCAAGAGAAGUCCGAUGCGACACGAGAAUACCUCAAGAGCUAUGUCUCCACUCACCCAUCGUAUCGCAAAUGGUCCACGGACCUCUGUCUCCCCGACACCUUUGUCAUCGAUUCCCACAUGGCCGUACUUCCCAUGAUCAUUCAGGAAGGCGUAGAGGCCAUGCUCCCCUUGUUCUUCGAGGAGAUCCUGAGGUGUUAUGCCGAACUGGGACACGAGGACCAAGUUAAAUUAUGGGCUAAGAAGACGAUUCGCAUAACGCGUUAUUCGAACCCUGCUCUCGCUGGCGAGCUGGAGCGCAUUGUCGAAGACCCUGUUGGCCAUUUCGCAAAAUGGGGUUCGAGGACCAAGUUGCGCCAGGUUCAAGGCCGUCGAGGGAGGAAACAGAUCGAAGUGGUAGACGACGAUUUCUUUAUGGGAAAUCUCUUUGGCUCAUCCAUGGUCGAAGUGGAAGGAUAGCGAUACCCCUAGCCUCUGCCCAACAAUCAUUUCGUUAGAUUUUGGAAACAUACCACGAGUAAUAGUACACUGGAAUAAAAGUAAAAGUACUUCGACGCGACAAAA